AUGACCAAAAUGCGCGAAUGUAUCUCAAUUCAUGUCGGACAAGCUGGUGUUCAAAUCGGUAAUGCUUGUUGGGAAUUGUACUGUCUUGAACAUGGAAUUCAGCCAGAUGGUCAAAUGCCCAGCGAUAAAACCAUCGGAGGUGGAGAUGAUUCAUUCAACACUUUCUUCAGCGAAACUGGAGCUGGCAAACAUGUUCCACGUGCAGUUUUCGUUGAUUUAGAACCAACUGUCGUUGAUGAAGUUCGUACCGGAACUUACCGUCAACUUUUCCAUCCCGAACAAUUGAUUACUGGCAAAGAAGACGCUGCCAACAACUAUGCUCGUGGACAUUACACUAUCGGAAAGGAAAUCGUCGAUGUCGUCUUGGACCGCAUCCGAAAGCUUGCUGAUCAAUGUACUGGUCUUCAAGGAUUUUUGAUCUUCCACUCAUUCGGUGGUGGCACCGGUUCUGGAUUCACAUCUUUGUUGAUGGAACGUUUGUCUGUCGAUUAUGGAAAGAAAUCGAAAUUAGAAUUCGCCAUCUACCCAGCUCCACACAUCUCAACAGCACGCGAAUGUAUCUCAAUUCAUGUCGGACAAGCUGGUGUUCAAAUCGGUAAUGCUUGUUGGGAAUUGUACUGUCUUGAACAUGGAAUUCAGCCAGAUGGUCAAAUGCCCAGCGAUAAAACCAUGGGAGGUGGAGACGAUUCAUUCACCACCUUCUUCAGCGAAACUGGAGGUGGCCAUUAUGUUCCACGAGCAGUUUUCGUUGAUUUAGAACCAACCGUUAUCGACGAAGUUCGUACCGGAACUUACCGUCAACUUUUCCAUCCCGAACAAUUGAUUACUGGCAAAGAAGACGCUGCCAACAACUACGCUCGUGGACAUUACACUAUCGGAAAGGAAAUUGUUGAUGUCGUCUUGGAUCGCAUCCGAAAGCUUGCUGAUCAAUGUACUGGUCUUCAAGGAUUUUUGAUCUUCCACUCAUUCGGUGGUGGCACCGGUUCUGGAUUCACAUCUUUGUUGAUGGAACGUUUGUCAAUUGACUAUGGAAAGAAGUCCAAAUUAGAGUUCGCCAUCUACCCAGCUCCACACAUCUCCACAGCAGUUGUCGAGCCAUACAAUUCUAUUUUGACCACCCACACAACUUUGGAACAUUCCGAUUGUGCUUUCAUGGUUGACAAUGAAGCAAUCUUCGACAUUUGUCGUCGUAAUUUGGAUAUUGAACGUCCAACUUACACCAAUUUGAAUCGUUUGAUCGGUCAAAUUGUUUCAUCAAUUACUGCUUCACUUCGUUUCGAUGGAGCAUUGAAUGUUGACUUGACAGAAUUCCAAACUAAUUUGGUUCCAUAUCCACGUAUCCAUUUCCCAUUGGUUACCUACGCACCAGUCAUCUCUGCUGAGAAAGCUUACCACGAACAACUUAGCGUUGCUGAAAUCACAAACGCUUGUUUCGAACCAGCUAACCAGAUGGUGAAAUGCGACCCACGUCAUGGAAAAUACAUGGCAUGUUGCAUGUUGUACCGUGGCGAUGUCGUUCCAAAGGACGUCAACGCUGCAAUUGCAACCAUCAAAACUAAACGCACCAUCCAAUUCGUCGACUGGUGUCCAACUGGAUUCAAAGUUGGAAUCAACUACCAACCACCAACAGUAGUUCCAGGUGGUGACUUGGGCAAAGUUCAACGUGCUGUUUGCAUGUUGUCGAACACCACAGCUAUUGCUGAGGCUUGGGCUCGUUUGGAUCAUAAAUUCGAUUUGAUGUACGCCAAACGUGCUUUCGUUCACUGGUAUGUUGGUGAAGGUAUGGAAGAAGGAGAAUUCUCUGAAGCUCGUGAAGAUUUGGCAGCUUUAGAAAAGGAUUACGAAGAAGUCGGAAUGGACUCAGGAGACCCAGAAGAUGAAGGUGGAAGAGAAAAACUCAACUUUAUAACUGAUCGAAAUUUGUUCAGCCAUUCGAGUUUUGAUCGUCACAUUGUACAGACGUUUCCGAAGCUAAGUCUUUAUUUUCCCAUAAUUCCUGAAAAUUUAAUAAAAAUCAUUCAAAAUGUUCAUGUCGGACAAGCUGGUGUUCAAAUCGGUAAUGCUUGUUGGGAAUUGUACUGUCUUGAACAUGGAAUUCAGCCAGAUGGUCAAAUGCCCAGCGAUAAAACCAUCGGAGGUGGAGAUGAUUCAUUCAACACUUUCUUCAGCGAAACUGGAGCUGGCAAGCACGUUCCACGAGCAGUUUUCGUUGAUUUAGAACCAACUGUCGUUGAUGAAGUUCGUACCGGAACUUACCGUCAGCUUUUCCAUCCCGAACAAUUGAUUACUGGCAAAGAAGACGCUGCCAAUAACUACGCUCGUGGACAUUACACUAUCGGAAAGGAAAUCGUUGACUUAGUCUUGGACCGCAUCCGAAAGCUUGCUGAUCAAUGCACCGGUCUUCAAGGAUUUUUGAUCUUCCACUCAUUCGGUGGUGGCACCGGUUCUGGAUUCACAUCUUUGUUGAUGGAACGUUUGUCUGUCGAUUAUGGAAAGAAAUCGAAAUUAGAAUUCGCCAUUUACCCAGCACCUCAAGUUUCAACAGCUGUCGUUGAACCAUACAAUUCUAUUUUGACCACCCACACAACUUUGGAACAUUCCGACUGUGCUUUCAUGGUUGACAAUGAAGCUAUUUAUGAUAUCUGCCGUCGUAAUUUGGACAUUGAACGUCCAACUUACACUAAUUUGAAUCGUUUGAUCGGUCAAAUUGUUUCAUCAAUCACCGCUUCACUCCGUUUCGAUGGAGCAUUGAAUGUUGACUUGACAGAAUUCCAAACUAAUUUGGUUCCAUAUCCACGUAUCCAUUUCCCAUUGGUUACCUACGCACCAGUCAUCUCUGCUGAGAAAGCUUACCAUGAGCAAAAUAGCGUUGCUGAAAUCACAAACGCUUGUUUCGAACCAGCCAACCAGAUGGUGAAAUGCGACCCACGUCAUGGAAAAUACAUGGCAUGUUGCAUGUUGUACCGUGGCGAUGUCGUUCCAAAGGACGUCAACGCUGCAAUUGCAACCAUCAAAACUAAACGCACCAUCCAAUUCGUCGACUGGUGUCCAACUGGAUUCAAAGUUGGAAUCAACUACCAACCACCAACAGUAGUUCCAGGUGGUGACUUGGCUAAGGUUCAACGUGCUGUUUGCAUGUUGUCGAACACCACAGCCAUUGCUGAAGCUUGGGCUCGUUUGGAUCAUAAGUUCGAUCUGAUGUACGCCAAACGUGCUUUCGUUCACUGGUAUGUUGGUGAAGGCAUGGAAGAAGGAGAAUUCUCUGAAGCUCGUGAAGAUUUGGCAGCUUUGGAAAAAGAUUACGAAGAAGUCGGAAUGGACUCAGGAGAUGCUGAGGAAGAAUCAGUGAAUGAUGACAUCAUGAACCGCGAAUGUAUCUCAAUUCAUGUCGGACAAGCUGGUGUUCAAAUCGGUAAUGCUUGUUGGGAAUUGUACUGUCUUGAACAUGGAAUUCAGCCAGAUGGUCAAAUGCCCAGCGAUAAAACCAUCGGAGGUGGAGAUGAUUCAUUCACCACCUUUUUCAGCGAAACUGGAGCUGGCAAACACGUUCCACGUGCAGUUUNAAUCUUUAAAGGCCCAACAAGAAGCAUGAAAAAAUAG